AUGAAGGCCUACUGGUACGACAACAAGAAGGGCGACCAGCGUGAAGCCCACGAUUCCGGCCGCCCCGUCUCGGAGGACUAUCUCGCUUCUCUAGGCGUCAUCUACCACCACCUCCCAGACCUCGCAGACGUCGAUGCCCUCGCCGAAAAGCGCGGCUACAAGAACCGCGAUGAGAUCGUCGUUGCGCCCGCCACUAUGGGCGAGGCCUACGAGUCCAAAGUGAAGAUGUUCUUCGCUGAACAUCUUCAUGAGGACGAGGAGAUUCGAUACAUCCGUGACGGAGAGGGGUACUUUGAUGUCCGCGGCAAGGAUGAUGAGUGGGUGCGCAUUAAGCUGGCCAAGGAUGAUUUGAUUAUCCUCCCUGCCGGUAUCUAUCACCGGUUUACGACUGAUGAGAAGAACUAUGUCAAGGCUAUGCGCCUGUUCCAGGAAGAGCCCAAGUGGACGCCUUUGAACCGCGGGCCGGAGGUUGAUACCAACCAGCACCGGAAGACGUACCUUGAUGCUUUCUCUGCUACUGUUGCGGCGAACUAG